AUGGUUAAAUUCCUAUUGGCAAUUUUAUUAAUUUUUUUUAACAACAAAGAUACGGCAACGUCGACCAAUCUCACCAUGCAAGACCGGUUCUCCGAUGGUACUUCAACGGUUUUUCUUUCCUUUUUACUACGCCACUUACUACUCGCUAAGGCUUUUUAUGCAGCCCAAACCACUGAAACCGGUACCAGUUUGUGUUGUGGAGUACCUAAAUAGACUCGUCCGUUUCAGUACUACUCUCCGAAGAGGGGGAGUGGAAGGGUAA